UCUCUCUCUCUCUUUCGCUCUCUCUCUCACACAUACAGAAUGUUAGCCCACUAUCUAACCACAGAGAGAGCUCAGUGAGUCGUGGAAAGCAUAUUGUUUCUCUACGUCUCUCUCCCUCCCUCUUUUACUUUUCCACAUCUUGUCUUUGGAUAUCCUCCUCCUGCUUUGGGACUUAACAGAGAGUGGAGCAAGCUUUCUUUCCUAUUGUCAGAUUUUUUUAUACUGAUCUCUUCUGGGGAUUACCACAGGAAUGCAUUUGUGUAUUUGUGGGUGAGUGUGUGUCCUGUGCCAUGCCCRCCCCUGGACUUUUCGGGACAAGCGGUAGUGAAUCAGCAUGAAGGGGGGUCACCAUCAGCGGGGGUGCGGAUGUCAACACCUCUUCCGAAAAGUGCUGGCCAUGUGUGGCUGCUGCUUUGCCCGUGUCCGAGAGUCAUACUCGGCGGCGGGCAGUGAGGGCAGCAUUACCCCCUCCGUUGGCUCCAUAGCCCCCCAGGCCUCGGGCAGCUCCAGACCCUGCUCUCCCUCCUCCCCAGGGGGAUCGCGGCACUCUGUCAGUGCCCUGAAGAAAUGGCUUACCAUGCCCGUCUGCAAGCUGAGUGUGGGAGGAGGGGGAGGGAAGGGGGUCAGGCAGGUCCACAGGCUGGAUGGGAAGCAACCCUCUACCCAUCUACCUCUCAGCCAGGCCCUAGGAAGGCCUCUGGAGCAGGGGGAGAACUACACUAUCCUCCCCUGCACUGAUGGAGACCUGGGGUGGAAUGAUGGUCUGGUGAGUCCAGCAGCGUACUCUCCAGCACACACCCUCUGCCACAGCUACCUAUCUGACCUGCUGCAGAACAGGGACACACACAGUUUGAACCAUCAAUCUUCCACCAUUCUCUCGGAAGAAGAAGAUGGCUCCUCCCUGAUUGGUGACUCAACCAGCCAAUGGUCAGCCACAAUGGACAGUGAAGAGGACAGGAGGAGUGCCUUAGAGAAGAGCAUAUAUGUGCUGACAGAGCUGAUAGAGACAGAGAAGAUGUAUGUUGACGAUCUGGGAUUCAUAGUGGAGGGCUACAUGGCCAGCAUGGCCAGUCAGGGGAUCCCAGAGGACAUGAAGGGCAAAGACAAGAUAGUGUUCGGGAACAUUCACCAGAUCUAUGACUGGCAUAAAGACUAUCUUCUGGGCGAGCUGGAGAAGUGUGUGGCUGAGCCCAACAGACUGGCCCAACUCUUCAUCAAGCAUGUGAGUCUGUGUGUCUUGUGUGUGUGUGUCGACUUCCUGAAGUACUACACCAAACAGGAGAAGGGAUACCUCAAGCAGCGGAGAGAAGCGGUGGAGGUGAUGUGUUUUGUGCCCAAGCGAUGUAAUGAUAUGAUGAACGUGGGCAGACUGCAGGGCUUUGAGGGGAAGAUCACAGCCCAGGGGAAACUGCUGCAGCAGGACACCUUUACAGUUAGUGAGCAGGACAGCAGCUUCCUGUCCCGUGCCAAAGAGAGGCGGGUCUUCCUGUUUGAACAGCUGGUCAUUAUCAGUGAACCAAUCGAUAGGAAGAAGGGCUUCUCUCUGCCAGGGUACACCUUUAAAAACAGCAUCAAGCUCAGUUGUCUGGGUGUGGAGGACCACUGUGAGGAGGACCCAUGUCGUCUGGUCCUGACGUCCCGCGGGGCUGAUGGGAGCGUGGCACGCUUCGUCUUGCAGGCCUCGUCCCAGGAGACUCGGAGGGCCUGGGUCAACGACGUUGUCCAGAUCCUGGAGACCCAGAGGAACUUCCUCAACGCUCUCCAGUCUCCUAUAGAGUACCAGCGCAGGGAGAGUAAGUCCAACAGCCUGAGAGGAGCCAUGAAUGCUCCCGUUGCACCGACCUCUGGCCUGCGACCCCACUCCUCUGCCUCCAUUGACCGCCACCGGCUACCCAACCUGCGCUCUUACAAUACCUCCUUGCCCUCCCUCCACCUGCCCAGCCAGCCCCCUGCAGACACACAGUCCCCACUGUAUCUUAGCCCUGCGACACCCCGUCCCUCCCAUCUCCCUCUGACCAGCCCUCAGCAGCUCAGCAAUGGCCUGCGCCCCCCUGCCCAGCACAGCUUGCAGGGUGGUACUGACAGAUACCAUGGACCCAUGCCGGGGGAGGGAGGAGAUUAUGCACCAAAUUACUCUGGCAACCAUGAUCAGCUGACAGAUCUCUCUCUGCAUGAGCAUGAGUGCUGAUGAUGUGUGAUGACCUUUGGCCUCAUACUGAAAGCUGCCCCUAGAUGCUGAUAUUAGUUCAGUUUUGCGUUAUCCCCAGUAAUGGCUAAGGUUCGGUUUGGGCGAUGGGGAAGCUGAUCCUAGAUCUGUGCCUAGAGGAGACUUCACCCUGGAGUUAAUGAGUGGCAGGCUGAGAGACCCCUGGCUGGGGGCCUGGGGCGGGGUCACUCCUUGUGAUUACCCUAAUAUUGCUAUAUUACUAUUACUAUGGUAUCUCUAGCUUGUAAUAAGGAUUAUUUUGUGGGUAUUUCUGUCAUUAUAUUAUAUUUUCUACUAUUUUGAAACCUCUACUUACUAUUGUGAUGUGAAAAGUGAAGCAGAAUUGCAGCCCUCUAUGGUGUUUCUGUGAGAGAAUUGGAAAAGUAACCAAUGGUCUCUGAUGUUGACAGUGUGUGUGUGUGUGUGYGCAUGUUGGUAUGUAUAUGUGACUGGUACAUUGCAUCUGUGAUGCGAUGGUAGCUGUUYACACUGCAAAUACAGUACAGUACCCCUAAGUUUGUCAAGAGUUUAUACAUGAUUGAACUUCAUAUGGUGACAUUUUUAACACAAUUUGGUUUCAUAAAGAAAUUAUAGACAUUUGGGACCGCUUCUUAAGUCGCCAACUAUUUACUGUUGCUUUAUCUUAAACAGGCGAACCAUAUUACCAUUAUGCCACUGCUACGUGUGACAGCUUCUAUCACUUUGUACAAGAAGGGAAGCAAAGACUAGUGGGCGAUAAUGGCAUGUCUAUUCUCUGUCUCUCUUUUUAUAUAGCUUACCAGUAUGCUCCUAUCCUGAAUUCAUCCUCGUCACUAUUUCAUAAAGAAGCCUUUGGGUCAAGAGUGUUGACAUACAGUAAUGACGUUGUAGUCCUGAUACAGUUUUGAAAUUGAUUGUGGGACGGAAUCUGUCCAGGAGUUGAGCAGCUGCAGUCAUGAUUGUCUACUCUAUACAUACCGAGCAGCGCAGUAAUAAUUGAUACGUUUUCCUUCAUUUUAGCAGCUAUUUUAACACUGCCAUUGUUCCAACGUUAUCUGAAGAAAACACACGGAAACUCACACAAAGCCCACUCAUAGCUGAAGGAGAGAGGAAAAGGGAACAAAGAUCAAGGGGUUGUUCAUCUGUCAAUGUCAUUAUGAAUGUAAAUAAUAUUCUGUGGGACUAUAUCAAUAAAUAAAACAUGCAACACUG